UUAUUUUUUGAGUUUAAGAUAUAAUGGAAGAUAGCCAAAGCUUUAAUGCGGCGGAAUUUUUUGCCAGUGAACCGAACCUUCCAACUAUACUGGAAAGUGAUGAGAAGUCAAAUAUUCUCACAUCUUCCCCGACCGACUCUCCUCUAGUUAGUCCAGAAUCAACCAAGCCUAAUGUCGAAGAGCCUAAAAGUAAUACGACAACAACUUCCAAUGAAACGCGACCAAAUUCUCCGGAUACAGAUAAAACAGCAGUUGAAAUAGGAAAUGUCUCAUCAGAAUCACCUAUAACGCCUUCAAAAACUAGUAGUGGGUCAAAUACUCCAAGUAGUGAAAAGGGUUCCGGGAGUAGUAAUAAAAGAUCACAUUCUACACCUGCUCGUACAGGAAUAAAUAGUCGUUCGAACACUCCGGAUAUCAAUAGAAUAUCUCGAAGAAAGAAUAGAGAAUCCACUUAUACUCCAACAGGUUCUCGAACAACUUCUAGAAGUCGUUCAAAUACUCCAGAUAUUUCUAAACGUAAAAAUACUACAGGAUUCUUACAAAAUGAUCAACAUGAAAUGAGACCACUUAGAGAACCACUAACUAGCGCAAACUUUAUACAUAUUGGUGUUCCUGGUGAAAUCAAUUUUCCUUCUGCUAAUAUACGUGAAUUAACGAUUGGAGUUUUUCAUAUUUUUAAUCCAACGGAAAAACAGAUCUCUUGGAGUUUAACUGCCGCUGGCAAACCAACGUUUCGUCGUUUAGGUACAGCAACAAAUGCAGCAGUAGAAGUUGAAGAUGAUAUUUUCAAAGUAACUAAACCAAGAGGGUUUCUAGGUCCAAAACAUGCUGAAAGAGUUGAUGUACAUUUUUGUCCUUUAGGUGUUGGAUCUUAUAUGCAAACAUUUGUAUUAGAAGAUGCCUCUGAAGCUGGUACAAAUGAGGUUGAUUCUGUUAGUAUGAAAUUUCAAGGAGUUGCUACAGAAAAUACUUUUAGUGCCUUACUACAAAAACAUAAACCUCCAAAAAAAGAAGUGAAAUUUGAAGUUGAAGGAUCUGAAAUUAAAAUGCCUCCUACGAGAGUCGGUAAACAAAGAUCUAUGGGCAUUAAAAUAACAAAUGUUUCAAAAGAGUCAAUUAGACUUACUUGUAAAGUUGAUACUUCAACUGGCCCUGGAGGUAAAUUUGUUUUAUCUCUUCCUAUGAAUAGUGUCGUGGUUAAACCUGGAGGUUUCUCUAUUAUUCCUGUUCGUUUCCAACCAAGAGCGGAAGGUGAAGUUAAAGGUAUCGUCACAAUACAAUCUAUAAAUAAUGCCGAAAUUAAGGUUGAUGUCAUAGCAAAGGGUGUAUUGGAAAAUCGUCCAGCUUCUGUGGCUCAUAAUGUUCCUCAUUCAUGAUUUAUUUUAUUCUCACUUUAAUCUACUUUAACAGUUGACUAUUAGAUUCCUGAAUAGAACUCUUGUUUUUUUCUAACAGCAUUAUAGAUUUAGAUUGAAUGGACAAUUUUUUUUUUUCACACUGUAAAUUUUUCUCGUCUUGAUAAAGUGGACAGGAUCCAUUUUUUCAUAAAUUAAAUGUAUAGUUUUUCAUAUAUACACAUAUUUAUAUAUUUUGGUUAUUUUGCUAUUGUCUA